UCCAUAGUUUGUACAGACGAUCAAAACAAAGGCUAAAAACUUGAUUACCGGCCAGUCACAUAGAGCCAGACAGCAGCGACUUAUCUAAUAAAGUUGUUAUUGAAUUGAGACAUUUACAAGAUCUCCAUAAAUACGAUUUCAAGCUACAUCCAAACAUGGGUUUGACGCGCGUACUGGUGAAAGACGGCGGUUUUGGCACACAGAUGACCGUACAUGUGGGCAACUCUGUGGACGGGGAUCCGUUGUGGAGUGCCCGCUUCAAUGCCACCAAUCCGGCAGCCAUCAUUAACACCCACCUGGAUUUCCUGCAGAAUGGGGCUGAUAUCAUAUUGACGAACACUUAUCAGGCCAGUGUCGAGGGUUACAUGGAGUAUUUGGAGCUGGACGAGGAGCAGAGCAUCGAGCUGAUAAGAAACACGGUUCGUCUGGCGCACAUAGCCAAGGAAAAAUAUCUGACGGAGUGUUAUCAGGCCCAGCUGACGAUUCCAGAAGGUUAUCCGCUGAUAAUUGCCUCGAUUGGACCGUUUGGCGCCCACCUUCACGAUGGCUCCGAGUACACCGGCAGCUAUGCCGAUUAUGUGCCAGCUAAGACCAUCACAGACUGGCACCGCAUUCGGAUCGAAGCUUGUCUGGAGGCGGGAGUCGAUGCCCUGGCCAUUGAGACGAUUCCGUGCCAAAUGGAGGCGGAAGCGCUGGUGGAAAUGCUUUGCGAUGACUAUCCGGACGUCAAGUUCUGGGUGGCAUUCCAAUGCAAGGAUGAGAGCUCUCUGGCGCACGGUGAGACCUUUGCAGAUGCGGCAAAUGCCAUCUGGGAUUUGCUGGCCGAGCGUAAUGCCCAGGACAAGUGCCUCGCUGUGGGCGUCAACUGUGUGCAUCCCAAAUUUGUGACAUCUCUGUUCAAGAGCCUGAAUGGCGACCGCAACGGGGAAGAGCAAAUCCCGCUGGUGGUUUAUCCCAACAGUGGGGAGGUCUACGAUGUCGUCAAGGGCUGGGAGGGCAGGGAGCAUUGUGUGCCACUCGCCAAUUACGUGCCGGAGUGGGCGCAGCUGGGUGCCAAGAUUAUUGGCGGCUGCUGUCGCACCUACGCCAGGGAUAUUCGCCACAUUGGCGAGGCCAUUCGCAACUGGAACAAACUGAAGAAGGUCGCUUAAAGGGCGAAAGAACCUCGGGAUCUCAGUAAUUGUACCGAUCAAAAUGCAUUUGAAUUAGUUGUGUAUAUAUACGUAAUUAGCUAUUAAGUUAGAUUUAUAUAUUUUGAAUAUAAAAUC